CCGGUCCAACCAAUCGCACCAGUCGUGCUGCGGCGGAGUCGGGCUACUGGGCGGCGCAGGCGAGAGCGAGCGAGCGAGGGAUCGAGCGAUGGCGGCGGCGGCGGCUCUGCGGGGGAUCGGCGCGAAGCUGUCGGCGAACCCGGAGAAGGUGACGAGCGCGCUGCUGCUGGGCUCGUUCGUGGCGCUGGGGUUCCGGUCGUCGGAGCAGCAGGGCGAGAUCGAGGAGCUGGAGGCCCGCAAGUCCUCCCUCCGCGCCGCCAACUCCGCCAUGUCCUCCACCAUGUGGGCCUGGAGGGAGGAGCUCUUCAAGCUCGCCGCCAUGCCCUCCCCGCCCAUCACCGCCGCCCGCCUCCGCCACAUCUACGGCGAGGAGGACCUCGCCAUCCCCGCGCCCAAGCCCUCGGGCCCGGAUGCUGAGGAGGAACCUGUUCCCCUAAAAAUAUCAUGAACUCUUCCCCAAUGCUUGUUGUCAAAUCGCAGAAUCGGUCCAGAGUAGUUUUGCACCGAGUUGCAAACACAAUUUCCGUCGACGUAACAUAAAGAACCAUGCCUCCUUGUGUCGCUGUUUUCUGCAGCUAAUGAAAUUUUGUGUAGAAGCUCAGUUGUUGUUGUCCUUGCACUUAUAUUUCCUACCUGGAUGUCUUCACACACAAACAAUUAUGAGAUGUAUAGCUCUCAUUUGAGCUCGGACAGGGCUUUGGUUGUGUUGA